CUCCCCAUAGAGCACUUCCUGUAACGUUUCCUGUGUUUGUAAACUGAAAAAUUGCUAGUCCGACAAGAAAAUCUCUAUCUACUGUAAGCGAGGAAGACGAAGGCUGGGGUGCUGGGCUGUGAAGCGGUGCUGUCCAGCAUGGCACUCAUGCAGGCUGGUUCGAUGCCUAGUCAUAAGAAGAUGGGCUCUCAUAUGGGCCAGGGACAGAGAGAAAACCAUCACAGCCACAAUCACAACCAGGAGACCCACCGCCAGCUCGGCCACAUGGUGCUAUCCUCAGGAGUCAGCUGCCCACCACUGCUUAUCCGCAAGGACGGAGAGUUUCACUCGUCCCGGCUUAUGGAUGAAAAAAACACACAAGCCAGCCAGAACACACAACCAAAGAAGAAGAACAGGAAGUCUGGACUUACCACCAAAAUGAGAGAAAAACCCCAGGUGGAGAUUGCUGAUGCUGACGACGAUAGCUCACUCGGCUCUCAAGUGCAGAAGAACUUCAUCUGUGAGCACUGCUACAGUGCAUUCCGCAGUAGUUACCAUCUAAAACGGCACAUUCUCACCCAUACGGGGGAGAAGCCAUUCGGGUGUGAUAUGUGUGACAUGAGGUUUAUUCAGCGCUAUCACCUGGAGAGACACAAGCGUGUUCACAGUGGUGAGAAGCCUUACCAGUGUGACCGCUGCCAACAGAACUUUUCAAGAACUGACAGGUUACUACGACAUCGGCGUUUGUGUGCUGUGGGCAUCCCUAAAGAGGAGAACCAGCCGUGCAUUGAGGGAAGGCCGUAUUCUCAGGAUCCCUCCCAGCACAAUCCAUCCUGGGGCCCACUGCAGACAAGCAACAGCAGGCUGGCGGUGUGACAGGAAUUCUGUCCGCUUAUACAAAUCUCUCCUCAGCAAACCCAGUGGAUUCUUUGCAGCCAACAUACAGUCCAGCACUGUAGCGGAACGGACAUGAGUCUGAGCCUGUAAGCUGUUUAAAGUGACACAUCCAGCUCACUAACAGUGGACACUUACACUUGUUAGACUCUGGGAAAUAGUAUUUUGUAUACCUAAUAAUCGUAGAUGGUACUGUCAUCAGCAGGUCGUUUAGUUAUUCAUUCAGUCCAGGCAGUAAUGCCUUCUGUGUAUAAAAUAGAGAAUUUCUUCCUUUGUAGCUAUAGUAGAGGGUGUAGUUAGGGGUUAAUGCAUAGCAGGAUUGUUCGCAGUGUUACAAUAAAAGAGAAAAUGAACAUUCUGUCAUAAUUUACCGUACUCACCCUCAUGUUGUUCCAAACCCAAUUGACUGACUUCUGUGAAACACAAAGGGAGAUGAUAGAUGGUAUGUUACAGAACUUUGAUUUUUGGGAGAACUAUCCCUUGAGCAUGAGCGACCUCACAUGUCAUCGCACGUUGCCUUUUCUGUCUGUGCAGUGAGACGUAGAGACAGUAGACACAAUCUGAUUGGAGAAGUUUUCUCAAUGUGCACAUCAAUGGAUCAUUAUCAUUUAUAGUAUUUUCCAAUUAAAGGAAUAAUCCUAGUUCAAUACAAGUUGAGCUCAAUCGACAGCAUUUUGGGCAUAAUGUUGAUUAGCUCAAAAAUGUAUUUUGAAUUGUACUUUAAAAAAAAAAAAUUGAGGUUACAAUGGAAGUGAAUGGGGCCAAUUUUUGCAGGGUUUAAAUGCAGAAAUGUGAAGCUUAUAAUUUUAUAUAAGCACUUACAUAAAUUCUUCUGUUAAAACUCAUGUAUUAUUUGAGCUGUAACGUUGUUUAAAUCAUAAUUUUUACAUCCAUUUUAGAGUUUUAGGGUUUACAGUGUUAUGCUGUCAUGGCAACAAAGUUUACACAAAAAACAUACUUGAUUUUAUCACACUAAAAUCAUGUUUACAGUGAGUAUUUUAACAUUUACGGAUUGGCCCCAAUUCACUUCCAUUGUAAGUGCCUCACUGCUACCCAAAUAUUUGCCUUUUUAAAAGAAAUUGAAGGAUGAGUCGAAAUAAUUUUUUAGUUUUUUAAAGAAAAGGAGGGGCAAGUCAAAAUAAUUUUUUUUGGUUAUCAACAUUAUGCCACAAAUGCUUUCAAUUGAGCUUAACUUGGAUUGAACCCGGAAUAUUCCUUUAAAUACUGUGAUAAAAGGCUUGUGGUCAUUGAGAGUUUUACACAGGCUGUGCAGUUUUAGCAGAAACACCUGGAACAUCAUAACUCCAUCCUAUAUCCACAGGAGAGAUCAUGUUUUGGACUAUGGUGUCAAGCUUUUGAAGUUGGCUUUUCGGUCAACAUGAACACUGACUUUUAACAACGACAUUAGACAUAUUGUCACAGUAAUGAUGUGACAUUUUUACAGUAUGAUGGGACAAGUUUGUUUUAGCAUUGCAUUUCAGUUUCUCUUCUUAAAUCACUGGAUUGAUGAAGUUGAGCCCCAGAGUAGUGCUGAAAACCUUGUAAUAGGCUGUAUAGUUCGUAGAGAGACAGAUGUUUAUAUAAAGGUCUCGCUAUGUUUCGUAUUUCGCCAACCUCUGCCCUUGAACACAGACUUCUUGCACAGUUUUCCACUGCUGUGCUUGAGUUCAUAUAUUUUUUCCAGCAUUUUAAAUAAUUUUAUUAGAAAUUGUGGUAGGACUAGACUGCUGCCACUGUGUAAUGUAGUGAUUUCACUGUAUUCGUUUUUAUGUGCGUACAUUUAUUUGCAUGAUUUUUCUUUUGACAAAUUAACUUUCUACGGUUCAUGUAUUGUGAUUGUUUAAAAGAAUGAAAUGCUUUGAUCCAUUGUUCAUUAUUUCUUUUUCCACCAUCCUCAAAUGCAAACUACAAAUGAAGUUUGUUGUCCUCCUGUUAUGCACCAUGUAGUGAGCAAAGGCAUAGGACCUCACAUUUACAAUAAAUUUUGUUUUUAAAAAAA